GUUCAAAGGAUUCUGAAGCCAAAAUGAAGACCGUGUUUUUCCUGUUGAUGCUCCUGAUGGAGAUUUCAUACAUUUUUGUCAAUGGAAAAUUCAAAGUACACAAAGGAAACAAUCCUGGGUUGUGCUCGAAGAAAAAUAGUAGAGAGAUGAUCUUAGUGCGAGAUCGAGAAAACAAAUAUAAGUUACUGAUCUGUACCAACGACAACGGUAUUUAUGGAUGGCGAACAUUGGACGGGUCAAGUCCUCCAGGUGAAUUCUUCAGCCCAGGAUACGAUUGUACUAGUAUAUUAAACAAAGAUCCUAAAGCUAAAGAUGGAUUUUAUUGGAUCACACUCGGAUACAAGAUGCCAAGAAAAGUUUAUUGCGAUAUGACAACUGAUGGAGGAGGGUUCUUUUUGGUCGGUCACAAAAAUACAUCAAUCACAUGGACAGUACCGUCGAACAACAAGCCCGUAGAGCCUUUCGGCGAUCCUCAUUGGUCAAGCUCGUUGGGAAAUGCACGGAUCAUUGAUUUUCGAAUUCAAAUAGCAAGUGCAGAAAAUUUUAAAACAACAAAGGCACAUUGGUAUUACCGACUUCGGAAUCCUCGAGCAUUAAAACACCUAAUGAUCAUCAAUAAGGGAGGCUGUGGGAAAUCAUCGCCCGGAAUAGGUGAUGUUAAGUUUGUGAAAGAUUUGAUGACGGACAACAUCGUCACUACUCAAUUUCGCUGUUCGAAAUUUGGAGUAGCUCAUAGUCAAAGAGCAAAGUUUGGAUGGGCCAAGAUGAACGACUGCCUGGAAAGACCAUGCCGCUGGGGAUUUGCUUUUCAUCAUAAAUAUCCUAUUCAAACUGAUUUUUCUGGUGCAUUCAGUUAUAGCACAAAGAAUGCCAUUUCUGGAAUAGAUUUCGGAUCAACUGCAUUUAUUGGCUGUGACAAUGGCAAGUGUUGCGGAUGCUAUGGUCCUAAGAAUGGGAAAAAUAAUUACUGCUUCAAAGAAUGUUCGUCACAAAAUGGUGGGACGAUUAAAAAGGAUGUAUACACUUGGUUUUGGGUUAGAUCAUCUCUUCCAAAGAGGAUGUGGAGCAAAUGCAUGGAGUAUAAAGUCACUGAAAAUGGCGCUCCAGUAUGGUACAAACUCGUUGGUGCAAAUGUGUUGCCAAAGAAGGGUCGUUGUGGUAAAGACAAGCCUCUUUUCUAUGACGGGAUGCUGGUUGUGCCUGAUAAUAAAACUGCCAAAGAGAUUCCGAAGAUCGAAGGGAUCAUGGUUUAUCGCAAAGACAACAAGAAGAUUUACGUUCAGAGUGACAAAAAACUGCAUGCAUUAGCUGAGGAGAAUAAGAUGCCCACUCCAAACUGGAAACAAUGCACAUGGAAAGCUAACGAUGGUAGAGACAAUGGACUUAUUCGUACAUGUACAUUUGUGAAGAAACGCAGCGACACAUAUCUUCGUGUUUUUUACGAGGGAAAUCUUCGUAUUUACAAUUGUAAUUCUUGCUGCAAGCGAUGGUAUUUCACGUUUGGGGGCGCUGAAUGCAAUGUUCCUAUUGAAGGUAUUUAUUAUAUGUGGAGAGGUGUGAACCAUAAAAACCUUCACCGUCAUCGACAUAUUGAAGGUUAUUGUGGCAAUAUUCGCAAAGGCAAUAUCCGUGUUGGAUUCAAUGUUGGCAAUUGCAAAGGAUAUGGAAACGCUGACGCGUAUUCCGGCUGGAAUUCUGUCUCGCGUAUUGUGAUUGAAGAAGUACCACCUUCACAGUAGUUGAAAUGUGACUUAAAU